AUGGCUUGCCGGCGGUACGUUCAGCACUGUUCCGCAGUAGUUCAAACAACUGUACUCUAUUCAUGUUGUCCAUUUACACUCGGUCAUUCCAAAACGCGUGCCACGUAUGUCAAAACGUUGCUCGAAUUGAAGAGCGUGCAACCUGGAUUUAGACCGACAUGUCUGAUGAGUGAGUUCGAGCAAGUCGCCAUGCAAGCAGGUGAGUACGAAGCUGAUCACAAAUUUGCCCAAUGGAUAAAAAUAUUGCCGACUCUGGCAUUUGUUGAGCCGGAUAAUGUGGUCCCAGCGUAUGAAAAAUUGACCAAAAGUGACCAAUUUCCUGAUGAAGCCAUGCCAAUUGCAAACUAUUUUGAAGAGAUGCUUUCAUUGGAAGACCGCUGCGACGUGGCCGACGUUUCCGAGUGCUGCAUGGAAGGUUCAUCAGCGGACGUUAGAUGGACGACAAAGCACCAAUAA